GUACAGUGAAUGGCCUCUCUCACCUCUAGGCUUUUUAGCACUAGGUGGAGAGCAAGAGGCACCACAGUGGCUAUGAGAAGUUACUUAGACUCUGCCUCCUUGAAAUUCUACCCUCAUGCCUGUGCCUCAAAGAUUGCUGAGCAUGACCUAAAGUACCACCUUCCCAUCGCAAGAUACCACAAGGAUUGGAGACAGAAGUGUCCACAAACAAUGGGUGAUAUAAAAGCAUCACUUGAUAUUAAAGAGUUCCCUGAUUCUGAGGUAUGUCAGACCCGAGUGUUAACCCUGGAAGAAUGGCGAGACAAGUGGGUGACCGGUGACACUGCAUUUCAUCAAGAAAAAGGAAAUCAGCUAUUAAAGAAGCAUCUAGAGACUUUUCUUAACGACCAGAGUGGACUGAGGGUAUUUUUCCCUCUUUGUGGAAAAGCAGUGGAGAUGAAAUGGUUGGCAGACCGGGGCCACAGUGUGGUUGGUGUGGAAAUCAGUGAACUUGGGAUACGGGAAUUUUUUAAGGAGCAAAACCUUUCAUACUCAGAAGAACCAAUCACAGAAAUUCCUGGUGCCACGGUAUUUAAGAGUUCUUCAGGGAACAUUUCUUUGUACUGUUGCAGCAUUUUUGACCUUCCCAGGGCAAAUAUUAGCCAAUUUGACAGGAUUUGGGAUAGAGGAGCCUUAGUCGCCAUCAAUCCUGAUGAUCGCAAACGUUAUACAGAUGUAAUACUGUCUCUCUUGAGAAAAGAAUUCCGCUACCUCCUGGCAGUUUUGUCUUAUGAUCCAACAAAACAUGCAGGUCCACCAUUUUAUGUCACAGAUGCUGAAAUUAGAAGGUUGUUUGGGACAAGAUGCAAUAUUAAUUGCCUUGAGAAAGUUGAUGCUUUCGAAGAACGACAUAAACGUUGGGGAAUUGACUACUUUUUUGAGAAGUUAUAUCUACUGACAGAAAAGUAAAGAUCAUAUAGAUGGAAUCAGGUUAACAUCAAUAUGAUUUUUUUUCUUUGGGCAUUUAAAAAUGAUGCUAUAAUGAAUAUAAUGAAUCUUCAAUAUUUUUCUCAUAAAUCAUUGCUCAAAAAACACACAAAACGGG